AUGGAUUCUGACACCAUCGAUGCUCUCCUCGAGCGCUACCUCGCCCUGCUGGACGAGUACACCUCCCUGCGCGCGAGGCUGGGCCAGCUCCAGACCGGCAUGUUCCAGCACCUGGCCCGGGCCAACUUCUCAGCCGAGAGGGGCAUGCGCUACGGCCCGGAUUUCUACGACGAGAGGAUGCAGGCAUUGCGACAGGUCAGCAUCAGCACCUCGGAAGGGCGCCUGCCAAUCUUCACCGUGUCGCACAGCAGCCGGGCCCGUGGCGAAGGCGGCGCCGGUGGCGUUGACGAUAACGACGACGACGACGACGACAAAGACUCCUCGCGCCAGCAGAAGAAUCAGGACUCGUCCCCGCCAGCUGACAAGCAGGAGGAGGAGGAGAAGGAGGAGGCGCCGGUGGCGCCUGAGGCGCCGCCGGUGGGCGAGCAGCAGCCCGUGCCUGCCGGCAGCGACACAGCUGAAAGCGAGGCGGGCCCCAAGAAGCAAAACGCGAGGGACCCCCUUCGCUGGUUCGGCGUGCUCACGCCACUGUCUCUGCGGCAGACCCAGGCCUGCGCCGUCGAGGCGGUAGACCAGGUCAUUCCGCGCCUGGCAACCCUGAGUGCUGAGAUGCAGGACCUCGAGAUCCAGGUCCGCAGGGCGAGGAAGAGGCGGGCCAAGGAGAGGGCCGCCGCCGCGAGGCAGCAGCAGCAGCGACCGGUCGCAGGGGAGCAGGUGGCCGCCAAGUGA